CGUUACGUGUAGUAAGUGCUCGAAGACAAUAAGUCGUUACGACGACUCAAUUUCAUGCUCUAAAGAUAGUUCACAUCUAUUUCACAUUCAGUGUGUAAAUUUAACCGUUCAAAGUCUUGAAACACUCAGAAAAUCUGGCACCUUUAAAUCCUGGCUCUGGGAUGAUUGUUCUCCAGUAGACAUAACCCCAAAAACUGAUUGUCCAAAGGACUCUGCACCGGAAACCGUAGAUUAUUCCACUGAGAAACUACUUGGAAAUAUUACAAAUACUAUAACUGAUACUCUCAGGUCAUUGCUUAUGCCCUUGGUACAUGACUUGAAAGUGGAAAUUGAGAACCUUCGUGAGGAAGUUUCAGGCUUGAGGAGCGAAAAUAUGCGAAUUCUUCAAUAUAUCGACUCUCAAGGAAUUGGAAAGGACCCUAAGAUCAAAAAAUAUGCUGAAGUUGUAAAACAGAAUAGCAAUCCGAAAGUGAAAAUUUAUAAAAAUAAUGUCAACACGCCAACUGUCAGCGCGAUAAAAUCUCCAACAGAGGAAGAAACAGCAAAACACCAUCCAGAGGACAAAAGUGUCAACACUAUACCUAGCCAGAGCAAGAGUUAUGUCCAAAAUACCAUUGAGGAUAAUUUCAUACCUGUAAGAAACAAAAGAACUAAACGUGUGGACAAAACCAUCGUUGGAAGCGGUAAGGCUGAAGAAAUGUCCAUUAGAGGUAUCCCUAAGUAUGGAUAUUUGCAUGUCUGUAAGCUCGAUCCUUCUUUGAAACCCGAUCUAAUAGUCAAACAUCUCAACACAAAUGGAUUCGUUGGAGUAAUAUGUGAAAAAUUGGAGUCAAAGAGACCUAAAGAAUAUUUGUCCUUCAAAAUAACGGUUCCUGCUGAAGAUUUUGAAGCUGUAAAAAAUCCAGACUUAUGGCCAACAGGGAGUAGAAUAAACCAUUUUUUAUUCCGUCUCAACAGAAUGAAAACGCCAAUGAUAGGUGCAUAAUUGUACAUCAAAAUGUUCAAAGUUUAAGAAAUUGUGUACUUAGGUUAAAUCAGUUUGUAAACAAUCACAGAGCAUGCUUCAUAGCUGUCACUGAACAUUGGCAAGAAGAACUCGAUUCACUUGUCAUUGGUGGUUUCAAGUUGUGUUCUAAAUACUGUAGACCUGGUGGUUUUGGUGGAAGAGCAAAUUAUUGUAGAAAUGAUAUAUUUUGUGAAGACCGUCCAGAUCUAGUUAGUUUAAGUAUUCCACAUGUCAUUGAAUGCUCGGCUGCAGAAGUACGUGGAAGGGAUAGGAAGUAUGUUAUUGUUUCAAUUUAUCGACCAGAUACAUAUCCCCGUUGUAAUAUUAAUUUGUUUUUUGAAAACAUUCAGAAAGUUCUUCAAAAACUAACAGCUGAAAAUGCUCAUUUCGUAAUUGCUGGUGACUUCAAUAUAAAUUUGCUGGCGAAUGACCAUGAUAAACAGAAAUUUAUUUCAAUAUUGGAAGGAUUUGAUGCUUGUUUUACAAUUCAUGAACCAACUCGGGUUACACAUAACUCUUCCACAUGUAUCGAUAACUUCAUUACAAACUUGAUUGAUUAUGACACUUA